UUAGGGCGCCCGUUCGCGGUGGUCGGAAGUGGUGAGGCGGCUUCGGAGAGCCGUUGUUCGGUACAGGGUCUGAGGUGGCUCCGAGGCUGUGGCUAGCGGGUGGGCUCGACGUCUUUCCUCUCGGCUCAGGUUUUAGGAAGAGCGAAAGAUGGCUGAAUUUAUGCAUGACCAGGAUACUCAACUGUGUGACAACUGCAAAAAAGAAAUUCCUGUGUUUAAUUUUACCAUCCAUGAGAUCCACUGUCAAAGGAACAUUGGUAUAUGUCCUGUCUGCAAGGAACCAUUUCCCAAAUCUGACAUGGAGAGUCACAUGGCUACAGAACACUGCCAGGUGAUCUGCAAAUGUAACAAGAAAUUGGAGAAGAGGCAGUUAAAGAAGCAUGAGGAGACUGAGUGCCCUUUGCGGCUUGCCCUCUGCCAGCACUGUGAUUUGGAACUUUCUGUUCUGAAACUAAAAGACCAUGAAGAUUACUGUGGUGCCCGGACAGAGCUAUGUGGCAGUUGUGGGCUUAAUAUCCUGGUGAAAGAUCUGAAGACUCACCCUGCAGUUUGUGGGAGAGAAGGGGAGGAAAAGAGAAAUGAGGUUGUCAUACCUCCUGAUGCAUAUGAUGAGUCUUGGAGUCAAGAUGGAAUCUGGAUUGCAUCCCACCUCCUCAGACAAAUUGAAGCUCUCAACUCACCCAUGAGGCUACCUCGAAGGCACCUGCAGUCCUUUGAGUCAGAUCUUUUCCAGAGUAGGACUACCAACCAAAGGAACGUGACAUCCCAGUUUCCAAUUCAGAAUAAUCUGUUUGAGGAACAAGAAAGGCAGGAAAGAAAUAGAAGCCACCAGCCCCCCAAAGAAGGUGGUGAAGAUAGUGCAAACUUGGACUUCAUGUUGGCCCUAAGUCUGCAAAAUGAGGGCCAAGUUCCCAAUAUGGCUGAACAAAGCUUCUGGACGGCCAUAUGUGAAGCAGAUCAGCCCCAUGGAGGGCCCAGUGCUCUCAGUGACAUAAAAGGUGCAGCUGAGGAGACCAUGUUGCCUUGUGAAUUUUGUGAGGAGCUCUACCCAGAGGAACUGCUGAUUGACCAUCAGACAAGCUGUAACCCUUCAUGUGCCUUACCUUUGCUCAGUACGGGCAGCUCUUCGCCCAGAGGGGUAGAGGACCCUGAUGUCAUCUUCCAGAAGGUUCUGCAGCAGACUGAAAAUAACCACUUAGACUCUUUGAUAGGCCUGACCAAUUCACCCCCCAUGGAGGACAGCAGCAUCAUCAUCCCCUGUGAAUUCUGUGGGGUGCAACUGGAAGAGGAGGUGCUGUUCCAUCACCAGGACCAGUGUGACCAACGUUCAGCCACAGCAAACAACCGUGUGAUAGAGGGGUUUCCUAGCCAGGAUUCUCAACCUCGAGAGACCUCACCAGAGCUGCCCAGGAGGCGUGUCAGACACCAGGGAGACCUGUCUUCUGGCUACCUGGAUGGCAUUAAGCAGGAAACAGCUAAAGGACCCACCUACCAUCUCUCCCCCAACAGACCUAUAACCAAUAUGACAGCUACCUAUAACCGACUGUCAAAAUCUACAUCAGGUCCCCGGCCUGGGUGCCAACCCAGCCCUUCUCGCGUUCUGAAGCUCAACAACUCAGACAGCCAGGAUAUUCGGGGGCGGAAUCAAAACAGUCGUAAUGGGACCAUGGCCACUGGGCACAUUUCAGUGACUCAUCCCGUACGAAAUACCUACCCAGAAAACCUCGUGCCAUCUUUCCCCCGUGGGCCUGCAGGGAGAUAUGGAGCUAGUGGUAGGAGUGAAGGUGGCAGGAACUCCCGGGUCACCCCCACAGCUGCCAGCUAUCGCAACAGAACUGCAAAGGCAAAAGCCUCCAAGCAGCAGGGAGCUGGGGCUGUGGAGAAGGAGGAAGAGGAGUAGGAACAGUGUGUCCUGAAAACCUUUACACUGGUUCCUAUCUUCUACGCACAGCUGCACUUGCUGCAGUGCAGGCCCCGCCUCUCUGGCUCUUUGGGCAGGGGAGAUUUUAUGGAUUUUAACUUUUUCUAGGUUAUGGCCAUUUUGUGUCUUUUGAGAUUGUGCUGUGGGAGUUUGGGGAUUUGAAGGAGAGUUAAGUGGGGAGGCUGUUGAGAGAUAUGUUUCAGGUGUAACAGCCUUUUGGUGGCAGAGAAGUACAAGUUAAGUCCUCUUGGCCCACCAGGACUCCAUCUUUUGACAUACUGUCACCACUGCUUCUUGGUGCUGUGUGGGGCUGGUGGAAGGAGGGGAGGGUUCUGAAAAUCUGGUACCUACCAGUGAAGUGAUUCUCUUCUCUGCGGGGCCAGAAUUUGAGGGCUUUUGGGUAACCUUUCCCCUAUGCUGCCCUUCCCCACUCUAGAACUUGGGUCUCUGGCCUGUUGGGAGCUGUUCUAGCAAAGUGUUCAGGCCAGCUGCAAUAUCUAUUAGUAAUAAUGCUUUUGGACAUGAGUUGAGCUGGGGUGAGCGGAUUAGGGGUUUUGUUUUAAGCUGCUUCCUUGGCAUUGGCAUCACUGCUUUGUAUUCCUGGUGGGGAGCACAGCUCCUUUGUCUUCACUGCCCUCUAAUGGGGAAGGCUGGGGGCUGGGCUUCCUCUCCCUACCAGGGCCAUGCUGGGUUCUGCCCUGAUCAGGACCAGGACCUCAGCUCUAUGGCUUGCUCUGAAAACCAAGUGUCAAAGACCUUUCCCCUCUUUUUAUUUUACUACUAUUACUAACUUCUUUGUAAUAGAAAUAAAGUUUGUACUUGGAGUUCAA